AUGGCAAUCCCCGAAGACAUCCUGGCUGCAAAUGCCAUGGGAAGCAUUCCUCAUGACAUCGCUUUGUCAUAUCUCGCAGAAUCGCGGGAUCGCUCGGCUAUUGUGGGCAUCUUAUUCAUGGUCUGCUUCGCGGGCUUGGUGUUACUCCUCCGCUUGUAUGCCCGAUUAUUCCUGGUUAAGAAAGUCGGUUUGGAUGAUGGAUUGGCUGUUCUCACCAUGGUCGUUUAUAUGGUCUUCGUCGUUCUCUCGAUUGUCCUAAUAGAACUGGGUAGUGGGCGCCAUAUCGAAUAUAUCCAAUAUGUCCUUUCCAUGUCCACCGUCCGCGAAACGGAAGUUCUUGACUUCGUCGCCCACAUUCUUUAUACAACAGCUCUUUUCCUUUGCCGACUAUCUGGUCUUGCUUUCUACUUUCGCAUUAGUGCACGCUCGAGCAAGCUACGACUGGGCAGUAUAAUUGUCGCUGGUAUCAUUACCGCCGCAUAUCUGCCCCAGAUUUUCCUUCUAAUCUUCCACUGCAAGCCCGUGACCGGGCUCUGGCCUUAUGACUGGCAGGUUGAGCCCAUCAGCUACUAUUGUCUCUCGUGGGGAUUGGUCUACUCCGUCAAUUCCGGCGUCUCUCUCGCCUGCGACGUAAUGAUGUUCGUCAUCCCCGGCAUUCUGAUUAAGGAGUUGCACGUCUCUUUAGACAGGAAGAUCAAACUCUCCCUUGUCAUGUUUCCUGGUGUUUUUGUAAUUGUUAUUUCCGCCGUUCGUGUCUGGCUAGUAGUCGUUGGACAAUGGGCCUCCGACGGCAGCUGGGCUUACAACCCCAUGCUGUGCGUUGAGAACGCCGAAGUUUCAAGCACCUUGAUCGCCUUGUCUGUCCCCGCCCUGAAGCCGGUCUUCGGCAACGUCUUUAGUCAUUUGACCGAGUACACCGUUAGGCACACGAACUCCCGAUCGGCUGGGGGCCGAUUGCGCAGCCAAUCGAAGCCCACGAGUGCCCUAGGGUCAUCCGCUAGAGAUGACAAGAGGCUUCUUAAUUGGUCUGGACGCGGGCACGGUGACUACGAGAUGAUGCCGUCUGAAAUUUUGGUGGCUCGCGAUGUACACAGUCGGGAAUCCGCAGUCAAGAGGCCGGGUAUCCAGGUGAAGAAUGAGGUGAUUAUUACUGGAUGA